UACGGACCUUCAUGUGGACACAGAUUCUCCAACAAGAAUCCUCGAAAGCAGAGUGUGUGUGAAUCCGCGAAGUCUAUAACCCAGUUUCAGCAUAUGCAAAUAUAUAUGUAUAUAUAGGUAAAGUUGUGUACAAAAUAGAAAACACCAUCGACAGUGACCUGUGACAUCGGCAAGUUUUCUAGUUCGUUGCUAACGAUCCCUCUCCCUACACGAUGCCGUCACGUGACGAUAAAUGGCACGGGGAGGGCGCAGAUUUGCAACUGCCGCGGUGAGCAGUGGGAUCACUGACCUAGGACCGGUCGAGGAUAGAGAGCGUCGACCGGGGAGAGCUGAUUUAGCGUGAGUCUUGUGCUUUGUCAGAGUUCCGCGUGACUGUGCAACUGGUAAAGCAGGCGAUGGAAUGGGCGGACAGCGGAAACCAGGUGGACUGAUAUCGCAGGUGUGCUAUGCCCUCCGAAUGCGAGCUGGUUUUAACCCAGCUGCCACUUGUUUUGAACCGUUUCUCCAUCAGCUCUCGCUCUCCGACAGCACAAAGGUGGUUACUAGUCUGCUUCAGUCUGCCCGCUCCGUAUACUUUAGUUAUCAGCUUCUGUUCGUCGAAUGCAGGUCUGAUUUGAGCUCCAAGCUGAUGUACGCGCAAAGGAUUUCCUUAUUUUUAUGUAAUGUGUGUUAGAUUAGUUGGGUGUUGUUUGCGGGGGAGCAUGCUGUAGUUUUAUACGGUUCUGAGUGCGUGGAUUAAAACUCGUGCCUCGGACAGUGAUUAGACUUGAAACGGCAUCAGGAGCUGCGUCAGUGUAAUGACAUGAGUGUGUAGAAGAAAUGUGACGAUUCGAGAUAGAGCAGACCGUCUCACAUGCACGUUAGAUGAACUGAUGUUGAGUAUCGCAUAUGAGAAGAUUUGCGUCAUUUCUGUUAGUUUUUGAGCUUAGUCGUUCUUCGACUGUGACUCAGAAACGGAUCGAUUUGAACUACAACCUCGUGAUAUUCAGUAGCUGGCGACCAUUUACAGCUUCAUCAGCUGUUGGCAGCUCGCAGCUCUUCUCUUAGUUUUGAAACGAUCGACGACCAUCUUUUUUUUCUUUUUCCGUGAGCUUCAUAUGGAAGCAUAGGAUACCAUGAAGAUGGAGAAGCAUCAAACUGUCAUCAAGGUGGAGAACGAAACGGGUAGAGUGAAGGACAAAGUGCGGUCCAAGGAGCUUAGAUGCCACACAGCCAUUAAGUUCCACAUGAGGGCAUUCCCGGAUAUUCGAGUGAAUGUAAUCUACACCAUGGUUUUGGCAAUCGGCCUCUGCCUUGUUGUUGCCCAGUUCUCACCUCUACUCGGCUUCGACCCGAAGGUCUGGUGCGCAGUAAUGGCGAAACUGGAAAAGCUAGGGAAGCCGGAAGUCUCACAUCCUCCUCAACUCAUCUCGGAGGCCUUGUUCCAUGAGAAGAUCAACACUUCCUCUAUAGAUUUAACUCAUGGAGAAUUGCGGCUCUUCAAGCCGCAUGGGUUGGCAACGCACUUGUACAUCGAGAUGAGUGCCUAUCGAGGAGGCCCGCGAGUAUUUUCCAUAGUUGGCCUUGCAUCGAAGUCUCUCGAAACCCAUCAUAAUCCACCGUAUGCUUGCGAGUGGGUGUCAAAUUCUACGGGCGAGGUGGUGCAGGGUCGCUCUCACAAGGUUUUGCCUGACUGGGGCUAUGGGAAGCUGUAUACUGUUGUGGUGAUCACUUGUAAUUUUGCGAAGGAUGUGGGAGUAGAUGGAGAGGAUGGCGAGCUAAUCCUGCUUGCAAGUUACGGUGAUCAAUAUAGGCAGCCGGAAAGAAUAAAGGUUCUCUCGGAAUCGAAAGGGGAGUACAAUGGGAGCAUUUUCAACCCUCAAAACUUUCCUUACGAUUAUGUAUAUUGUGGAUCUUCUGUCUACGGCAACAUUAGCCCUCAAAGAAUGCGUGAAUGGAUGGCGUAUCAUGCGAGAUUCUUCGGAGACAAGGCACAUUUUAUCCUUCACGACUCUGGCGGCUUCCACGAAGAUGUGCGCAAGGUGCUGGAGCCUUGGAUCAAGCAAGGGAAAGUGACCUUGCAGAACAUCAGGCAGCAGGAGAUUUACGACGGCUACUACCACAACCAGUUCUUGAUUGUGAAUGACUGCCUCUUUCGGUCUCGAUUUAUGGCGAACUGGACAUUCUUCUUCGAUGUUGAUGAGUACAUGUAUGUCGAACCCACAACGACUCUGUCGCAGGUGCUCAACGAAAAUCCCAACAUUACCCAGAUUACAAUCGAACAAGUUCCAAUGGCGAAGGAUAUUUGUGUCGCUGAUAACGCUACUCGAGGUGACCUCAAAAGUUCGUGGGGAUUUGAGAAACUAGUCUACCGGAAGGUUUUGAAGCCAGGACUACGUUACGACCGCAAAUACGCUGUGCAAGCUCGCCACGCUGAGGCAGCCGGAAUUCAUAUGUCGAUGAACAUGCUCAAAGGGCAGAACCUCUACCCGAAAGGUGACAAGAUUCGCUACUACCAUUACCACGGCACCAUUAAUAAGAGAGGGGAAGUCUGCAAAAAAUUCGUCGAUGCGGGAAACAAAACAGCCUUGCAGACACACGACAAUCACUACCAUAGACUGGAGGAGACAAUAGCAAAAAUGGCGAAGGAUGUGAAGUUGUACGAGCUUAACACUGUUGGGACACAACCAUUCAUUGUAUAAUGCCAGGAGAGGCAUGCAAACAACGGAUCAUCUCCUUCUCAGCAGCAGUGAGAAUGUCAGUUAGAACGGCAGGCAGCUUCGGCAGAGGCAUCAAACAAGAAAUCUCGAUUCUUUUUGCUCAGGCAAUCCUCAUUUAGAUUGUAAAUACGAAUUGCAGGGGAUCUGACUGGUGCAAAACUGUAGCAAACAUGGUCGCGCAGGCUGCAAACACGGAAAAACCAAAGCCGUCUUUGUUACGUGCUACAUAUUCCUCGAGUGCCACUGACAGCACGCUCAUGCUCGAAGCGUACGCCAAAUUCAGAAAGCAACAAACAGGCAUUAGAUUUAUUUGUAAGCAAGAAUAUUCUUCAUAACAAGGAUAUUUCUUACACAGUGUCAAUUCUCAAAUGCCAGAGCAUUCACACCCAUGAUAUUAUGAUAUUGUAGAUUGUAGAUACACGACUACGAGUGCAACAUUUGAGCAGGUCACAUUUAAAGUAAUGCUAAUCUGGAUCAACUCCGACUCUACAUGCCAAUCA